AUGAACUUACGACCACAGCACGAAAAACUUCUUCGAGAAAUUUACAAGAGAGACGGAUCCGUAGACGAACAGAAACUGUCCUUUUUCAAGCACUAUCUGCAGCAGAAGCCCAUGAAAAUCUCAGAGACAAUUAACAUUUUGAAGGACUACACAAAGAAGUAUGCGCAAUCGAAUCAGUUUGAAAAACAUCUGACAACCAUUGUGAUCUCAUCGCAUCUAAUCCAGGACUACUCCAUGUUCUGCACGUCCUUUGAGGUGGCGGCCUUGAAGCUUAUCAAGACACACUUGAAGGUUAUUCUGCGGGUUAUGAAAAAAGGGCCGCAAUCUUGCCCUGCAGGGUUCAUUGAGACGUGCUGCGAGGAGAUGAAAAGGUGCUUUUUCCUGUUUACGUAUGCAGGAACCAGGUGCUCAGAGGCAGAGAGCCUUACCUCCCAGAUAUUCCUUGCCAUAUGCAGUGCAAUUGACAAUGGGUUUGUGUCUGAGAAAAGAGACCCGCUUGACAACACUGAGAUAUACGAAAGAAUAUCGCAGGUGUAUGCAGGGAAUUGGAACACGCUCUCAACAAUUAACAUAAAAAAGAAGGAAGGCGAGGACGAAAGAAUGUCCACAAUCAAGGACCCAGAUGACGAGUCAUACAGCACGGAUGCCACCGCGUCAUACAACUUUGCAGAGAUGUCGUACAACUACACAGACGACAAGUCUUCCUCGUCCUCAUCUAUAUUUUCUGUGCAUGAAAAGACAGAGAUGGAGAAGGUUCCAGAAAAGGCAGAGGAGAAGGACGGAGAUCUGGCGCUUGAGGAGUCUGCAUACAACUCAGAGGUUGCCCGAAUGCAGGAAAUGUCCAUACGAAGUGGCACGCCCGACAGCACAAGAAAGGACUUCAUCACAGGAGCGGGGUUUAUUGUGAAGUGUGACAGUCUUUCCAGAGUGGAGUUUAACGAUAGGUUUCUCCUCAAUAUUCUUUCCAUGAUAAUUAAGGCGUCUGGGCUGCUUGUACGCCAUGCAGAAAAGAAGAUCUCAAGCUUGAACAGGGCCCUCAUUAAAGCAGCGCCGUUCAACAGAGAAAUACGCCAGGACAUAUUCAGCACGUACUUCCAUCUUCUCGCGCCUGCAUCCAUUCUAUCCACAGUUAUAUACCAGGCGCUGGAGAUAGCAAGCGAGCGAGAGAUUGACAGAAUGCACACAAUUAUAUACUACCACAUCAGCAGUGACUGCUAUGCGGAUUUAAUUAAGCAGUCAAAUUCUAUUCUGACAUCAAGAAGGCUGAAGAUGUUUGAGUCUGCGAAUAACGAAAAAACCAGGCGCACGUACAUUCUUCUACUCUUGCAAAUAGUUUCGUUCAUAGGCAAUGUGGAAACAACAGACCCAACUGCACAUAUUGCAAAAAGCUUCUACUUUCUGCUGCGGUCUCUCUACCCAAAGAAGACGCUCUUCCGAAAGAUAGUGCUCACGGAUGCAGAUAUGCAGGAGCGCGCGCUGACUGUGAAGUACUUCAAACUGUUUGUGACAAAGUCCCAUGACAAAGAAAAUCUAUUCCACUCUCUUCUUAGGAGAACUUUCCAGAAGGAAGUGGGGAUAGGUUCAUCGACAGUUCCUGCAGACCUGAAGCUUCUCAUUUCAAAGGAGAUGGAGUCUACAAUUAUGCACCUAGAAAAGUGCUCCUCUCUGGGGCUUUUGGAGGUGCUUCUGGAAAUAGUGGGGUCGCCAAAUCUGCAGUUCAGAGAAUACAUCAGCAGCACGCUUGAGCUGAUGGUUGAGCGAGGAAUUCUGGAAAAAAGAUCGCAGUUUGAAGAGCAUAAAAGAAUUAGCUUAUUCGCAAAAAUAAGGACGCAAGCCAUACAGCACGGGGGCUUUUAUGUUUCCUUGUUAAAGAAGUCUAUUCCUACGAUAAAUAAGUCCGAAAUAAAAAUAGUUGCCGGCGUAUUCACAAUACUGAAUGAGGUAUCUGGCUUGGAGGAGUGCGGCAAGUAUGUAGAUAUUUCAGGAACACAUUACAACAUAGAGGAGGACAACAAAUUAUGUAAAAGAGAAAGCAGCGUGCAGGGAAGCAGUGUCAGAUCAACCAUGACAUUUGGGGGUGUGCGAAAGAGUUCGAUUAAACUUUUUGAAAUGUUUAAGAAAUUGAAUAAAUAA